GCUCCAGGUGGGUGGUGGGCCUGGGAGGGCAGACCUUUGCGGCCCGCCCCGCGCUGGACGGUGCUGGGCACUGGGACUUCCGAGUGCGGUGUGCGGCCCUCACUGGAGACGUGUGUUUCCUGGUAGGUUUGCCGUCUCCACAUGUCGGAGCUGAUGGAGGUCUGGCCCUGCCCACAGGCUUGGGCGCAGGCAGGAACCGCUGGGGAGUUUACAGUUGGAGGCUCCAGGGCGCCCACGGCCCCCGGGACACAGGGAUGUCAGGCCCGAGGCCGGUCGUCCUGAGUGGACCGUCAGGGGCCGGGAAGAGCACCCUGCUGAAGAGACUCCUGCAGGAGCAUGGCAGCGUCUUCGGCUUCAGCGUGUCCCACACCACAAGGGACCCGCGGCCUGGAGAAGAGAAUGGCAAAGAUUACUACUUUGUGACGAGGGAGGUGAUGCAGCGGGACAUCGCCGCGGGCGACUUCAUCGAGCACGCCGAGUUCUCAGGGAACCUGUAUGGGACUAGCAAAGCUGCUGUGCGGGCAGUGCAGGCCAUGAACCGCAUCUGCGUGCUGGACGUGGACCUGCAGGGUGUGCGGAACAUCAAGAAGACGGACCUGCAGCCCAUCUACAUCUUCGUGCAGCCACCCUCGCUGGACGUGCUGGUGGGGGCGCUGGGCCGAAGCUGCAGGGGAG